CAAGAAAGUUCGAAGCCGUUUUGGAGUAAAGGAUUUCGGGUAGGCCGGGCAGAGCCCCGUUCGGGCAGCUUCUUAAGGCAAAACUGCGCAUCACCGCCCACGCCCGAAAAGGGGAAAAGAAACACAGUGGGAGGGAGGGAAGUGCUCAACACAUCAAAAGAAAACAUUUUUCUCACCCACACCCUCUCCGGGCAAGCAACUGAUGACAGAGAAAUAAAGACGACGGGCAAGUGAGAGAGAAAGGGACUUGACGUUGUAGUGUAAUUUAGGGGUAGGUCACUGAAGAAGAGGAAGCCUUUAAGCUCAAAAGGAGCUGAAAAGGGCAAGAAAAAAGGGGAAAGAAUGAAAUAGUUAAUCUUUGUUGUGGUGAUGAGAUCGGGUGGUCUGUUAGAGGAUAGGGUUUUAUGGGGGGUUUGGGUAAAGGAGUGUGCCUUUCAUUGGAUCUAAGAAGGGCAUUUGCUUAUUUUGUUGUGGUAGCAGCAGCAGUAGUUUGAGUGUAGAUAUAUAGAGACAGAUGAUUCUUUAUGUAUAUGUGAUUAUGAAAGGGGCGCUGAGAGAGGUCUUGGUUCUACUGGCAGUGUUGCUGAUCAUUCUUCAUCCAUUGACGCUCAUUACUGCUAACUUGGAAGCAGCAGUAGUUUGAGUGUAGAUAUAUAGAGACAGAUGAUUCUUUAUGUAUAUGUGAUUAUGAAAGGGGCGCUGAGAGAGGUCUUGGUUCUACUGGCAGUGUUGCUGAUCAUUCUUCAUCCAUUGACGCUCAUUACUGCUAACUUGGAAGGUGAUGCUUUGCACAGCCUAAGGACCAGCUUACAAGAUCCUAACAAUGUUUUGCAGAGUUGGGACCCUACCCUUGUCAAUCCUUGUACAUGGUUUCAUGUUACUUGCAACAGUGCUAACAGUGUUAUAAGAGUUGAUUUGGGAAAUGCCGGCCUAUCAGGCCAAUUAGUCUCUCAACUUGGCUUGCUGAAGAAUUUGCAGUAUUUAGAGCUUUACAGCAAUAAGAUAACUGGCGUAAUUCCCAGUGAUCUUGGAAAUCUGACAAAUCUGAAGAGCUUGGAUCUCUACUUGAACAACUUCACUGGCCCUAUACCAGAUUCCUUAGGCAAGCUGUCAAACCUUCGCUUCCUGCGGCUCAACAACAACAGCCUAACUGGUUCCAUACCGAUGUCACUAACUAAUAUCUCAGCUCUCCAAGUCUUGGACCUGUCAAACAACCGUCUUUCUGGUCACGUUCCAGAUAAUGGUUCUUUUUCUCUAUUCACACCCAUUAGUUUUGCCAAUAAUUUGGAUCUUUGUGGGCCUGUUACUGGACAUCCUUGCCCUGGAUCUCCUCCAUUUUCUCCACCUCCACCAUUUAUUCCAUUACCUCCAAUUUCUUCUCCAGGUGGAAAUGGAUUAACUGGAGCUAUAGCUGGAGCAGUAGCUGCAGGAGCUGCUUUACUCUUUGCUGUCCCUGCCCUUGCUUUUGCAUGGUGGCGUCGUAGAAAGCCACACGAGUUUUUCUUCGACGUUCCGGCGGAAGAAGACCCUGAAGUUCACUUGGGACAGCUCAAGAGGUUUUCUCUGAGAGAGCUACAAGUUGCAACCGAUAGCUUUAGCAACAAGAACAUUCUCGGCAGAGGUGGGUUUGGUAAGGUAUACAAGGGACGGCUUGCAGAUGGUUCGUUGGUUGCUGUAAAACGGUUAAAAGAAGAGCGUACUCCUGGUGGUGAGCUUCAAUUCCAAACAGAAGUUGAGAUGAUUAGCAUGGCAGUUCACAGAAAUCUCCUUCGUUUGCGUGGCUUUUGUAUGACGCCCACUGAACGCCUUCUUGUUUACCCUUAUAUGGCCAAUGGGAGUGUUGCCUCGUGUUUGAGAGAACGGCCACCGGAUGUACUGCCACUUGAUUGGGCAACAAGGAAGCGCAUUGCCUUGGGAUCUGCAAGGGGAUUGUCAUAUUUACAUGACCAUUGUGAUCCAAAGAUAAUCCAUCGUGAUGUAAAAGCUGCAAACAUACUAUUGGAUGAAGAGUUUGAGGCAGUUGUAGGAGACUUUGGGUUGGCCAAACUUAUGGAUUAUAAGGAUACUCAUGUUACAACAGCUGUGCGUGGCACAAUUGGACAUAUAGCACCAGAGUACCUAUCCACUGGGAAGUCUUCAGAAAAAACCGACGUGUUUGGGUAUGGCAUCAUGCUUCUAGAGCUUAUCACUGGACAAAGAGCCUUUGAUCUUGCUCGUCUAGCUAAUGAUGAUGAUGUCAUGUUGCUUGACUGGGUGAAAGGACUGCUCAAGGAGAAGAAACUGGAAAUGCUUGUUGAUCCUGAUCUGGCAAAUAAUUAUGUAGAAGGAGAGGUGGAGCAGCUAAUCCAGGUCGCAUUGCUAUGCACGCAGAGCAGCCCAAUGGAGCGGCCCAAGAUGUCAGACGUGGUGAGGAUGUUGGAAGGUGAUGGGUUGGCCGAGAGGUGGGACGAGUGGCAGAAGGUGGAGGUUCUUCGGCAGGAGGUUGAACUAGCAACACCUCCUCACUCCACUUCUGAUUGGAUUGUAGACUCUACUGAAAAUUUGCAUGCCGUUGAACUGUCUGGUCCUAGGUGACCUCCAACUCUCCAAGGCUCCUAUCAGCAUGGGAUUUCUUUCUUAGAACCUUGUUAUUUUUCGUUUAGGGGUUAAAGAAUGGGCAAUUAGAAAGUUUCUUUUCUUGUAAGCACUUUCUCAUCAAAGUGUAUUCUUUGUGUGUGCAUCAGUGUAUGUAACAGCUAUGUGCUAAUAUGCGUAUGGGUGUGUAGUACACUAGUACAGAGUUGCACUAUUUUAUAAGCUUAAUACACAAAAGAAAUCUAAUGUUUGAAAGUGGUGACAAAACUAGGUCAUUAUAUAUGUAUAUGUAAGUCUUGAGUCU